AAAUCCGAAGAAGAAGAACAGCACUAUUGAAUGACAGCCGCACAAUGCCGGAGUGAGAAGCUCGUUCGCUGCAGCCAUGUCCAGCUGUUCACCUGACCAAUUAACUUUACCACAGUGGGAAGGGAGCUGUCGUAAAAUUCGUUUUAUUUACUUAGUCAAUCCAACAUCGUUCAGGUUGACCAGCUGUCAGGGUCCAGCGGUCCCGCUGUAUUUAGGAGCUGAUCUCCUGUCCAGCACUGACAUCCGGGUAGAGAACCAUCCCAGGUACCAUGCAAAGUUUGCCAAGAAAGGACUCGCCACCAAAAUCCAUUUUUCCUCAGCGUUCAGAUUCCAGGGACUGAAGGUGCCUGCUGCCAACAACAGCUUGUGGUUUUACAGCGUUCAAGGACUUUUCCGGUUAGCCUUUGAAAUGUACAAUCAGCAGGAGCAGCUUGCGGUGAUGGAGAACUUCCAGGAUGUUUGGAAAUCACAGAUGAAUGAAAGCCCUCUGGAAAUGAAUUACAGCCUCAGCGUGCAGCUUGACACCCUAGAGUCCCCAAGCGUGGCCGACACGGGGUCAGGACGUGCAAGACCCGGAUGUAACUUUAGCAAGAUUAACAGGAACAUUUGGCCUGCAUGCGCUACAGACGCAGCCGACGCAUCAGCAGAUCACGACUACUGCUCGUUUACAAAGCAAACCGAGCAGAUCCAUCCCGUUGUAGCCGCACUCAGAGACAAGCUGCGACACUUGGACGAGCAGCUCCGCUCUCCCCCUCAGAGCAACGCAGAGCGCCUGGAAACCAUCCUGCUGCUCUUAGAGAAGACCGAUCGAUACAUGAACGGCAACCUGGAUGAAAAAGAUGCAGCCGAAGCCGUGUUGGCGCUACUGCAGACGCGAGAUUGGACUAAAGGCUCCGUGUAUUCCAGUUACCUGCUCACUUGUAUAGGACGCUGGCUGGGGCAGCAGUUUCACGCGGCCAACAGCAGCAUCAGCGAGAAAGUGGAGGGCUUUAAGGUUCAGCACAUUGAGCGGAUCAGUGAUCUGCCCCCUGCUGAGGAGCUGGCAGCAGAGCUCUUUCCAGAAGCCAUGCAGACUCUGCUGCUGCACUGGAUGGGCUUGUGUGACGAGGCCACUGAAGGAAAGAGACGCAGCGAAUAUCCGAUCCUGCUUCUCAUCCUGGAGUUUGCGAACCAUAACCUCAUUACCGGUGUCGCGCAUGUGCUCUACUCAAGCCUUAUAUGCAAAUGAGAUGAUUUCUACAGGGCUACCAACACAAAACUUGCACUUUUCUUAUAGAUUGUAAUUUUUCUAUAAAUCACUUCUUGCCAAGUCAUUUCCAGUCUUCUCAGAUUCGGAGCAUUGGAUAAAGAUUUGGUGUAAAAUCUCUAUGAACCCAUUUCAGUCAUAGAAAUGCUUUACCUUUAUAACGAUAUCACCUAACACAAGUUGCACAUUAUUGUGGGUUUUCUGAUAUUCUGUCCAGAUUUUUUUUUUUACUUCAGCAAAAUGUUAAAGUUCUGUGUAAAAGUCUUGAGAUACGACUUGUUCCUGUAUAGAAAAUGUUAAUUAGGUCCGUUUUAAAUGCAAUAAAGUUUGUGCAAAAAUCUGUUUCCUAACAAAGUUGAAAAUUGAUAUUACUUUUAACCUUUAUAAUAAACAUGUUCUACCUUAGACAGUU